AUGAGAGGAAGGGAGGAUGUUUUAUGUGGUGGGCGAGCAGAAAUCUACCACUACUCGAAUACACCGCAAUACGAGCAACGCCCUACCGAACCCUACUGCUGCACACACAACAACCAUUCGUCCCUAGACGUCAGCGUUUUCUCCGAGCGGAAGGGAAACACUACCGCGUCCCUCGAAGAGCGUGAACUCACGGUAUCGUGCGGAAAUCCCGAGAUCCCGGCCGCUUAG